AUGGAAGUGAGGUCGAGCCCGUCCCCUACUCGCCAGCGGUUCCGUCCGACGACCUUAAGCGAAGAGUCGCAGUGGCGCGACAGGAACGAUUCACAUGAGCAAGACGGUGUCAAUAGACAGACCGAUACAGAAUACUGCCCUUCAUCAACAGACGAUGAAAAUGAAGACGACUACUAUCAUGACCGUGCCAAGGACGAAGGGUUUCAACCGGAUUCACGCAAGCGCCGUAAAUUCGGCCACUCCUCUGUUAGACCCAGAUCGCCUAGUAAACGGAACUGUCCUGAUACCUCGACAAGGGAAAAUCGACCACGGGACAUGUUCCCCUCGCCCCCGUCAACCGAUGAUGUCGGUGGUGUAGUUAUGUCGCCCCCGUCAACCGAUGAUGUCGACGGUGUAAGAGCGGAGUUUGAUGAAUGGGCCUUGCAGAAUGUCCGUUUGAAGCGUACCAUUGUGAACGAUAGAGCAACGUUCCAGUUACAGUUCGACUGGGACUUGUGCAUGAAACACGGCCACAUAGUGCACCAGGGGUCCAAGAGAGGUCACAAGCGAGGACAUAGCGCGAGAGCAAGGUUCACACAGGAGGAGGAUACGCUUCUCAUCAAAUUGAAAGAAGAACGCGAACUAUCAUGGGCAGACAUUCAUGCACGGUUUAGUGACAGGUUUGGAUGGCGUUCAAAAGAGGCUCUUCAGGUUCGUUACUGUACGAAGUUGAAGUGCCGCGGGUGA